AUGAGCGCUCAAGUCGGCGGAAGCACCCCGCCGCAGGCCCAGCCUAAUGGUCGCACAAAGAAGAAUUCCAUCGGUAGCUGGUUCUCAAAAAGGUUCGGUCGGCGAGCAAGCGAGGCUGCCAACAAUGCACAUGAAGUUCCUUAUGCUAACCAUGCUACGGGGAACGAAACGGUCCCAGCCAGAAAAGCAGCUGUGAAGGCAUCUGACGACCGAGCAAAGACAGCGACAUUGUCCAACAUCAACGGUGGUGCUCAGGGGGCUGCAAAUGGAGGCCAUCAGCCGCAGCUCGCUUCCGCGUUUGCAUCCAAUCAGGCGCACGGCCUGGCCAACACUCUCACUGUGCCCAACAACGAUGUGCCCGGGAACGGCAGAUUGACGCCUCCACCUCAGCUCGAUGGUAUCCCAUCGCAAGAACCGCUCGGUGCAAUUGACUUGCCCAGAUCGCCUCGUUCUGAUACUGGCUCCGGCCAGGAUCCCGGAACACAUUCACCCAGCACCGUCACCUACGAGAAGCCGCUCGAACUCGAGACCAGGGCCUACCCUGGUGGUAGCUCAGCUACGGAUGGAGCAGGAACAAGCGGUGCAGCUGAUCCCAUCUCCGGUGCGAUCAUCUCGAGCGCUCCGCAAGCGACAGGAGGCCCCGAAGCUGAUACAGACGAUGAAAGCAGCUUUGCGGAUCGUGACUCAAUCGGCAAUCGCACGAUGGAUACCUCCAAGAGUCGCGCAAGCACAAAGCCGACUACACUCAUGAGUCUCGAGACGCGCGAAACAACGGUCCUUCCCACCACCCACAUCGCUCAGCCGCGCCAGAGCCGUGGAGAAGACUCGUUCGGCAACUCGAACCGCCUCAGCACUGGACCACGCGAAGGCUCUGCUAUCCACUUUGCUCCGGACAGUGUCUCUCGUAGCGGCAGUGGGCAGAUCAACAGUGGCAGCAACUCAGCUGAAGGUGGCAGCAACUUCAUCAAUGUUCCCAGUCACUCUAGACCGCAUCCGAACAACAACCCACAUCCUUCAGCUAUCCCCGCUGACAACGCAAGUAUGUUGACGCUUGCCUCGUCAACCGCCGGUAUGAGCCUUGGUGGUGUGAGUCGCAGCCAGCAUCACGCACCAAGUUUGGGCGGAGCAAGAAGUGUUGGAGGCAGCUUGAUGGGCGAUCGUCGGAACAGUAGUGACACGUAUGCUUCGCUCAAGGCUCUGCCUCCACUCAGUAGGAGAGGCAGUGAUUCAUCCUCGCGCACACGUGAUUCGGUUGCAGCAAGCUCGACAGGUCAAAACUCACACCAGGCCAUGUAUCCUGCCGGUGUACUCGCUGGUCCAGGUGCACCAUCGGAUCGUGUCAGCUUGCACCGAACUCCAUCGCAGAAGACGGUUGCCACGCAGAUGUCGAUUCCCUUGUCAGCAUCUGCGUCGAACCCUGCCCUUCAAGCUUAUGCCAAGAGCGAACAUACUGCUAACGGAAGUCAGCCGCAUCUUUCUGCCUUACAAACAGGACAUGUGACCGCUGAGCCGGAGCUUGGAGCGGGAGAACACGGAGAUGAGGAUACGAUGGACAGGCCUCUCGAAAGGUCUGCUGCGGAUUUGGGUGAUUCGCAGGUGACAGCUCAUCCAGCUGCCGCACCGUCGGAGGAGCUGUUGGAGGCGCAGGCUAGUAACUUGGCCGCCACGGAGCAUGAUAAGAUGUUGCAGGCUGCUGCAGCUGGACAGGUCCGUGAGAAGACGGAGAUCUCGGAUCCAAACGGUGGAGUCAAGGAAGAGGAGCCUUUCGAUGUUCCUGGUGGUCCGCCGGUGGCGUAG